GCCCAGGGCCUCCCGGCCCCCCGUCACCAGCGCUGCGCGCAUGGAGGCCAACCGCCACGUCCUCUACAUCCUCCGCGACGCCGAGGGCCGGGGGGUGAGCGUGGGGGGGGGGACCCCCAAAGGCGCCGUCGUCGGCUUUCUCAAGGUGGGCUACAAGAAGCUCUUCCUCCUGGACCGUAACGGUGCCCAUAACGAAGCGGAGCCGCUUUGCGUCCUGGAUUUUUACAUCCACGAGUCGCUGCAACGACACGGUUACGGGCGGGAGCUCUUCCAGCACAUGUUGCAGAGUGAGAGGGUGGAUCCUUGGCGUUUGGCCGUCGACCGACCUUCCGAGAAGCUCUUGGCUUUCCUCCGCAAACACUACGGCCUCACCGACGCCAUCCCGCAGGUGAACAACUUCGUCAUCUUCGAGGGUUUCUUCUCCAAACCGAACCCCCCCCACCGCCGCCCGCCCCCCAAGCGCCCCGAGGAGGAGAUCAAGCCCUACUCGCUAUCGGAACGCGACUUCCUGCGAGAAGAGGCGGAGCCUCCUUGGCCCUUCAACUUGACCUCGGGGCGGGGCGGGGGGCUCGCCGGUACGCGGCAGCCUCCGGCCGUUCCUGCUGCGGCGGGAGACGCCGGACGGACAGACGGAGCCCCGGCCGCCGGACGGACGGAACGGGACGCCCCCCAGCACCGCCGCGCCAGCCCCAGUGGGCGCCUGUCCUCACCCCUGCGGGUGCCCGUCCCUGCCCCAUAG